UUAUGUGUUAUUUUUUUAUUUAUGUUUGUUUGCUUAAUACAUCAUUGUGGAGGUUUUUGAUUAUGGGUGGCCAUCGUUAAAAUACAAUCAUUUAUUAAUGGUCUCUUUAUCCAUUUCGAAUUUAGAGCUUUAAAGAAUUUAAAGUAACCUGUAAUUUCUUAUUAUUAUAGACAUGGAUACCCAGAGAGGAAAGAAAAGGCCUUUUUUUAAAUGGACGGAAGAUAAAAUGAGCCUUGCUAUAGACGCAGUAAAAAAUGAAGGCAUGUCCAAAAAAUGUGCAGCUAAAGAAUUUUGUGUUCCUAGAACAACCUUAAAGCGUAGACUUGAAAACAAUUGUCUUAAACGAAAAAUGGGUCCUAAAACUAUUCUUUCAGAAGGCGAAGAGAAAUUAUUAGCUAAUUGGAUCUUGUCUAUGGACAGAAAGGGCUUUCCUGUUAAUGCAACAAAUCUACUCUCCACGGUGCAUAAAAUUAUGAAAGAAACUGGGAGGUCGACUGUUUUUAAAGAUGGGAUGCCCGGGAAAACUUGGUUCGCUGCUUUUCUUCGAAGACAUCCUGAGAUAAAAAAACGAAGAGCAGAGUCUAUUACAAAAUCAAGAGCUGCCGUCUCUAAAGCUGAUAUAGAAAAAUGGUUUAAUGAAAUUGAAAACUAUUUAAAAGAAGAAGGUAUGAUUGACAUACUAAAAUACCCAAAUAGGAUAUACAAUGCAGACGAAACCGGGUUUAGCCUUGAUCCUAAAUCUGGUAUUGUCCUUGGGCCGGCGAAAUUGGAAGAAGACUUUUAUGAGAGAAAAUCUAAUGCAGAAAAAGAGCAAAUAACUGUUAUGGCCUGUUUUUCAGCCGAUGGUAUCACAGUUCCACCAAUGGUCAUAUAUCCGUACAAAAAAAUACCAAAGGAUAUAGUUAAUUCUGCACCACCAGAAUUGGCAGUGGGACGAUCAGACUCCGGAUGGAUGAACUCGGAAGUAUUUUAUGAGUAUAUCGGCAACCAUUUUUUGCCCUAUCUCAAAGAAAAAAAUAUACCACAACCUGUUUUGUUUUUCGUGGAUGGACAUAGGUCCCAUCUAACUAAACAAGUCAGCGAAUUAUGUGAAGCAAGUGGUAUCAUCCUGGUUGCUCUUUUCCCCAACGCCACUCAUAUUCUCCAACCAGCCGAUGUUUCAAUUUUUAAACCUUUAAAAACUGGUUGGCAGACAAUAGUAAGAACAUGGAAAUUUGAAAACUUUCCGAAGGAUGUAACAAAGUAUACAUUUGCAACCAUUCUAAGUACGGUUUUUAAAAAAUAUGCAACGGAAAGUACAAUACGCAACGGUUUUAGAAAAUGUGGACAAUACCACCACUUGAAUUGAAUCAUUUCAGAACAAAUUUCGACAAUAAAGAUGACUGGAAGGGAGACUUACAAUUUAAGAAACUUUAUGAGGUUUGGGCAGAAUUUAAAAAUGAAGCUUUAUUAGUAACAAAUAAACAUAAACAUGUCACUGGGGAGGAUGACUCUAACUUAAUGGAAGGAAAUGAAGAAAUGUCAAUAUCGUUUUCAGUUCCAACAGCGUCAACUUCAACUCCAAACGGUAAGCAUAGAGAAGAGAGUGUAAUUCUUCCAAAUGAAGAACAGUCACAGAACGGGAACAGCACUAUUUUACAAGAUAAAAGUACUACUUCACUAAAUGUUUCAGAGUCAUUUCUUUCACCGGAUAAAUUAGAAAACGUUGCGCUGUAUAAGGACAAAGAAGACCAAGGAUAUGUGGUUAGCACUCCUUUCAAAAAAUGUCUCAUUUUUCCUAAGACUCAUGAAAAAGAACCACCCAAAAGAAAACGAAAAAUAUUUCCAGCAGGUGUAUCCACUACACUUUACAGGGCCCAUUAUGAUAAUAUAACGUCUAAAAGUGGCCCUUCAAAACAAUCACAAAUUAAAAUAAAAAAGCCUGCAGUAAAGAGAAAAGUAAUAAGCGAAUCUGAAUCUUCUGCCGAUGAUGUUCCUUACUGUGAUGAAGAUCUAGAUGCGAGUGAUGUUGAAAAUUAUACGAUCAAGAAUAUUCAUGAUGGAGAUUUUGUUAUUAUCAAAUACAAUGGAAAUCUUUAUCCAGGAAAAGUGAUAAAAGCUAACCAGGAAGGAGCAGAAGUUUCGUCAAUGGAAAAAGCAGGCUAUGACUGGAAAUGGCCAGAAAAAGAAGAUGUAUUAUUUUAUUUUUAUGAGGACAUUAAAAAGAUUAUAAAGGAACCAUUAGUUAAAGGCAAACGGGGUUAUUACUCAGUACCAGAACUAUCUAGUUUUCUUUAAAGUGCGUUAUACAAUUUUUAAGUGAAACAUUUUUUUGUAGGACAUCACGGGCGUAGCCAGGUUUUAGUUUCGGGAGGGGUUUAAGAAAAUAAAACGACAAAAAGUACAUAAAAUAACCCUUAUAUUCAUAAGAAAAAUUUUAUAAAUCUUAAUAUUUAACUUUUAGGGGGGGGGUUGAAACCCGAAACCCCCCCGGCUACGCCCAUGGGACAUAAGUUUACAUUUUGCUAUGUUUUUUUUGAAUGGUUGUUAAAAAUUUCAGCAAUGUAACGCAGUGAAAAGCUUAUAUAAAAAUAUAUUUGAUAAAGUGUCCAUUACUAAAUUA